AGGAGGAGGGAGGAGGGAGAGAGGGAGCCUCUUCUCUAACAUUCUCGCCAACAUGCCUCGAGCAUGACUGUAAACUGGUUCGGCUGGGUGACGGGGGAGAAGGCGGCGUAACUCCAAAACGGAGCUUCGACGCGCCGCCGGUGGACGAGAGGCACGACGCGACGGAGGAGGGAAACAUGGUGGAGCCGACGAGGCGGACGUUCGGCCGACGGGAGGCUUGACGUGUGGACAUCGGUGAGAUUACGGCAUGGCGCGACGCUCUCAGUGCUCCUCUGCUGGGGACAACCCCCUGGACCCCAACUACCUCCCUCCUCACUAUCGGGAAGAGUACCGCUUAGCGGUUGACGCUCUGGUCGAGGAGGAUUUGGAAGGGUACUAUAAGUUCCUCCAAAAGGCUGAUGUGGUGGAUUUCCUGUCCACACCUGAGAUUCAGUACAUUCAGAGCUCUGUUCAGGUGCCUCAACAGAGCCACCACCCUGAACAACAUAUUCUGGAGAGCGGGGGAGAUGGCUCCUCGGACACUUACUGGCCCAUUCACUCUGACCUGGAUGUCCCAGGUUUGGACCUCGGCUGGCCUCAGCUCCAUCACUUCAUUGGGCCCACAGAGGUCACCACUCUGGUCAACCCCCCUGAGCCUGACAUGCCAAGUAUCAAGGAACAGGCCCGACGACUCAUCAAGAAUGCUCAGCAGGUCAUUGCUGUCGUGAUGGACAUGUUUACCGAUGUUGACAUAUUUGCGGAUAUUCUCAAUGCUGCCAUGAGGAAAGUUGCCGUCUACAUCCUUUUAGACGAGCAGAACGCAGACCACUUUGUCAGCAUGGUGUCCAACUGCAGGGUCAAUCUACAGACCAUUCAAUUUCUACGUGUGAGAACAGUGUCUGGCAUCACAUAUCACUGCCGCUCAGGGAAAUCCUUUAAAGGUCAGAUGAUGGAUCGCUUCUUGUUGACAGACUGCAGGGCUGUGCUGAGUGGAAACUACAGCUUCAUGUGGUCUUUUGAGAAGCUCCACCGCUCUAUGGCGCACCUUUUCCUUGGACAGCUUGUAACGACCUUCGAUGAAGAGUUUCGGAUUCUGUUUGCUCAGUCUCAACCGCUGAUAAUGGAAAAUGUGCUCGCUCCAAUGGAAGAUUUUGGCCAAUUUCAAAACAGACAAUACCCAAGUGAAAGAACAUCACUGUACAGAGAGCCCAGGAAAUUCCUAUCAAUGGACACCAGUCAUCCAGAGGAACGGAAGAGACAUUCCUAUGAUGAACGUAUGGACGUGGACUGGAGAAUGAUGCCACUUAAAAGGCAGGAAACCCUGCAUGGCCCUUCAGACAUGUACAGUAGAUUGCCCUCCCAGCAACUUCGUAUGGAUCUGCCUUAUGACCAGGGCCCCAACAGGGUGACCAUGCUGGAAAAUCCUGCAUUCAAACGUCAUAGUUAUGCUGAAGGUGGUCAUGGUAGAUUCUCUUACCCGUUUCUGCAGCAACAGGGAAUGCCAGAGCCGGAGAACCAGGGAAGGCAGUUGCACAGGGGGCAGCAGCCCUAUCCAGGGCAUGUGCCAGGACCAGAAGCAGAUUGCAGUGCCUAUGAAAAGUUCUGGAGUCAAGGCUAUCAAUCAGCAGAUCAAUACUCCGAGCCUGGUAUUUCACAAGAGAUACAACCAUCUGAUAACUUUGACCCUGUGCUUAACUAUUUAUCAUCUACCAGAAAUGUGGACUUCGACCAGAGCUCGGAGAAAUUACUACCUGCAGCAGAUUUACCGUUUAGUUCAUCUCACCCUAGUAGACUGAGUUUAGGCCAGCCAUAUGCUUGUCAAACCUCUCCCACCCCCUCAAAUUCAACAGAUCAGAAGUUUUUCCAGGAGCCUACCAGUGACCGCAAGGAUCCUUCGGUGAAACAAGGGCUAAGAAAUUGGAGGAUCAGCUCAUACCUCAGUGCAUAUGAUAAUCCAGGAGAUGAAGGCCUCCCAUUGGCACCACCCGAGGCACCAGACCCUUUUGAAGAGCCCUCAAAUCCCAUACAGCAGACGGCAGCAGGCGUAGAUUCAGCAUUUCUUAAAAUCCCUAAUGUUAGAGAAUUUAAGGUUCCUGCAAUACCCAGGGCAAGUCAGAUGCCAAGUUAUACCAAAACCACUGUACGAGAGCAGCCAAAGACAGAGCCUGAUGGACCUAGUGAAGUGGCAGCAGAAACCAAAUCAACCCCAACACCUUCAGAGUCAUCAUCCACAGCUGAAGGGGAAAAGGCAGAAGAAGCAGAACCAAGAGAACCAACGUUUCGAAGGAAGUACAAUGCUGCAGUACCAAGGAGCUCCAGGUUAAGAUCCUCUCUCAUAUUCAGCUCUCUUGAUCAGCAGCAAACUGCUCAAGGCCAACAGGAUGAGGAAAGUGACAAAAACGAAGCAGAAGAGACAAAACUACCUUUUAUUUCAAAGGUUUUAGGACAAAGGAGAUCUGCAACAAGAGAACCUCUUGAAUGGAGCCGUUACAAAAAGUCAAACACUUUUGAUACCUCAACCACAGAAACAUCCAAGCCAGGUGAUGGGAACAGUAAAGCAGAUGAUAAAGAUCCAUCAACUGUAGAAAAUUCAAAAAAUGUUUCAGAAAACAGUGGGGCACAGGAGUCAUUAAAACAGCCUCAUGGCAAGCAAGAUAACUCUUCACCAUCAAUGCUACAAUCCAAGCCAUCAGAAGCUGAGCCAUCCAAAACUGAUCAGCCAGUACAAGCACCCAAAUCUUUUCUCACCACUCCAUCGUAUGUCGAUAUGAGUGAUCCUGAUAAAAGGUUCAUGUUUUUCAAAGAGUUGGCAGCAAAACGCAAAGCAGAAAAGGCUGCAGAAGCCCAAAAGGGCAAAGAUGAGGCCAAGAUGAAACCAACUGUUCUAAAAAACAAUUCCACGGUUAAAAAGGAGGAACCUGAUUCAAAAGUAGCCCCAGAAAAGAUGGCUAAUACUUCACCCUCUGAGGUUUUAUCUGACCAGCUUGUCGAAAAUGAUUCCAAUACCUCCCAAAGCUGUAAAGAGGAACAAUACGCAGUUUCAACUGAUUCAGAGAAGAAAGAACUGACAACCAGCAAACCAGCAACAUCUUUGCCUGUUUCUGCAGAAACAGGAUGUCCUCUGAGUGAGCCUCUUGAAGACUCAAAGCUGUCAAAAACUGCUGUACAAGAGAGUAGCCUAAGUCAUUCACCAGCAUCCACAAACGCUACCCCUGCUAAUGUUCCUUCUCCUAUACAAGGUACAAAUGAGAGCAAAAUUGCAGGCUGUGAUCUUACCUCAAAUGAGUCCAGUUCUCUCUCUCCCAGCUCAGUGGAGGUAACACCAUUUUCUGCAUCUGCUGCAUUGGAUUCUAAAACCAAAAUAACUGAUUCAGUUCAGUUAGGAACCAUAAGCUCUGAGCCUGUACAACUAUCAGAAGUUCAAAGCUCUUCCUCUGAUCACCAUCUAUCAGAUCCUGGUUCACAGAUAAGUCUGAGUCCUCCAACCUCUAGCUCUGCUCCUCUUUCCACUCCGGUAGAGACUUCAUCUUCUGAUGUUACCCCAGAAGACUCCAACUCAACGCCCCUCUCCAGCAUAUUGUCUCCAAAUUCUGAUAAAACAGAAGCACUUGAAUCUGUCAGCUCUGUUGACAAAACUUCUGUAGAACUUACAGAAUCAGAGUCUACUCAAGCUUGUCUAAAGUCUGUUCCCCAGUUGACCUCAUCUGAGAGCCCUUCAGCACAUGUGGAUUCCGAUAUUUCUCCUGACACGUGUACCGCUUGUGCAGAACCGAACGCGUCCCCAUUACAGUCCACAAUAGAGACCAACUCUGAAGAAUGUUGUGCUCCAGCACCUUCAGAAAAAGAUAAAGUUGAAUCAGAAAAUCACUCUGUUCCAGAGACUGUUCCAAAGAAAUCAGAGGAUGUCAAAUCUGAUAGCAAACCUAGUCCUAGCCCUUCAUCUCCCAAGUCAAGCUUACUGAAUGUAUCUGAUGGGGAAAGUUCUAUUUCAGAUCAAAUUACUCCUCCUGGGCCUACUCCAUCAGAAACAUGCUCUCCUGUUAAUCCAGACAUGAUUGCUAAUGCUUCCCAGUCCACAUCAAAUGCAUCUCCACAAGAUCCACUAACGCAAACAACCUCUCCGUCCAAACUUAACCUGACAGGAUCUGUCACUCCUAAUCCUGUUGAAACAGUAUCACCUUCUUCCACUCUAACUGCGUCAGUCGGAUCAGUUUUGUCCCCUGAAGUUGAAAAAACAGAAACCAACAUUUCCUCAGAUAUACCCUCUCCUCCCAAGCAGACUGCAACAGACUCAAAUGAAACUCCAGAGCCUACCUCAAAAAUCCCAGCCGAGCCAGAGCCAACACCUGAAUCUGCGACUUCUGAAAGCCACCCCACAGAGCCAUGUGAACCUACUGAAAAUAGUAAAAUAGACCAACAGAGUGAAAUGAGCAAUGAGGCUGACCCCGGUGAGAAAAAACCUGAGGAUGUUCAGGCCACAAACAAGGUCAAGAACGGUACAACACAGGAAUCUAUCAGAAGCGAAAAAACGAAUGAACAAGUCAGGCAAAACAACUGCUCUGAGCUGGCAGAGACUACAUCAAAUGAAGUUGUUCCUCCAUCACCGCAGUCCAAGCAGCCAAAAUCCAGCCAGUCUCGCUACCAGUCAUCAACAGCCAACGUGCUUGCAAGCAGCAACCUCAGAGACGAUACAAAGCUGCUUCUGGAGCAGAUUUCUGCAAAUAGCCAGAGCAGGAAUGAGGCCACCAAAGAGUCGCCUGUCACCGAUGAUGAGAAAGAAGGUGAAGCUGACAAAAAUGCCAAAAGGGAGAAAGAGAGAGGGAUCAGGACACUUAGCAGAGGGCAGCAGUCCAAGUCAGAAGAGGAGAGGGACAAGCUGCUGGAGAGGAUCCAAAGCAUGAGGAAGGAGAGGAAAGUUUACAGUCGAUUUGAGAUGGCACCUUAACUGGUAUCUUAAGUGUGUUGAGGAGAAUAAAGAGUGCCUACAGCAAGUGUAGAAAGAAGGUGAAUUCAAGUGAAAAUGAUGAGCAAGACAUGUUCUCACCAAAAA